AUGAAUCUUCGCGGUGGCCUGGCGAUUGUACUUGUUUUCGUUCUCGCGGAGAUCGACUGUGCGAUACCGAGGUUCGUGACGGAGCAUCACCUUACCUAUUUAUGUCUGGCAGCAUCGACGCGCGUCCAAGUUCGGUCGAACACGACGGAAGAAGCCAUCGAGAGGAACUCCGUCGCGUCGAUUGGAAAGAAGACCAGUCCGAGCACCGGCAGAAUCUUCAACGGAAAGCCGAGCAAACGGGGUUCCUGGCCCUGGCAGGUUUCCCUUCAGCUGUUGCAUCCAAAGUUCGGAUUCAUCGGGCAUUGGUGCGGAGGUGUCCUGAUCGAGCCCACUUGGGUCCUUACCGCCGCUCACUGCAUUCACAACGAACUUUUCAACUUACCGAUCGGCGCGUUAUGGACAGCGGUCGUUGGAGAAUGGGAAUUAGACUCCGGUGGACGAGGCUCAGCCAGGUUACCCGUCGAACGAGUCAUUCUUCACGAAAGAUUCAAUAAUUACGUUCACGACAUUGCUCUAAUGAAGCUCGCGAGGCCGGCGCCGUUGUCGAGGGUGGUGAAAACGAUACGUCUGCCGGACCCGGAGGAAGAACUUGCGAAUGGUCAUUGCGUCGUCUCCGGCUGGGGUCGUUAUGGCCCGUCCCAAUCGCUUUCCACCGCGUUGCUAGAGGCAUCUGUGCCGUUGCUCGAUCUCGAGAAAUGCACCAAGGCGUACGGAAAAUCGGUACCGAUUCGAAACGGACAUCUCUGCGCUGGUCACACCGAUGGUUCUUCGGGAAGCUGCGUGGGCGACUCCGGGGGACCGUUGCAGUGUCGCCGUCCCGACGGAGUCUGGCAAUUGGCUGGAGUCAUUUCCUUUGGAUCCGGAUGCGCCAGGCCAGGCUACCCUGACGUUUACACCAGGAUACAGUACUACGUUAAGUGGAUAAGGAACACCAUUAACAACGACGAAGACGCGCAAUAUUUAUGA